CACCUUUAAAUGGUCCAUUAUCUGUCCAUUGUGCAAAGUAAUCCAUCAAAGUCGGACUCGACACGAAUCUUCCAAGUGACAGUGGGUGUGAAUUGCCAAUGUGAUACGUACUACGCGUGUUUGAGUUCUUUUGUGGAAAAUUUUUUCAAAAACUCUAGUUAUUUUCUGCCAACGAAUAUCGAAAGCAAAAACCAAAACAGUGAAUUAGAUUUUAAUACGGACGAUAUAAAUAAAAUAAUAUCAGGUGUGUCUGGUUUUCUACGUGACGAGGUGAACGGUACUGUGAAUUUGGACUCCGAUUUUAGCUCAUUCAGAUCUAAUGAUAAAUCUACCAUUGUUGUUAAAAGUUUUAUAAUUGGAAAUCCAAUAAAUGAAUUACAAGAUGAUUUUGAUUAUUACGAGAAUGAUUCUGAAAACAUUGAGAAUUUAACAGAAAAAGAUUUAACAAAUAAGAUUAUACAACCACAAAAAGAGAAUCUUACGAAUAUAUUUAUUAAUAAGACAGUUAUUGAAUAUAUAAUACCUUUAAAUGAAGAUAACAGUGGAUUUGUUAAGGAUAUUCCAAAAAGCGUGUUUGACAACGAAAUAUUAAUUGAAUAUUAUGACGAGGACAAUGCUACUGAUUACCCGAUAAUAGAUUAUGUUGACAUUUACAAAGACACAACAAAUGAAUACAAUGAAUAUAAAACAACAGAAAUAUCUACGACUGAUAGUGAUCUUUCACACGUAUCAAAUUUAAUUAUAAUGAAUAAAACGACGAGUUAUGAUAACAGCACAUGUCACAGGAACAAGGAUGUAGCGGAUGUGUUCUCGUGGAUAGCGGCCAUUUUUGUAAAGAACACCACAGACCAGUUCGAGUAUCGUUGUGAUGGAGCACUUUUGUCUAGUACAGUUGUAAUUACUGCCGCAAGAUGUGUUGAAUCAACAAGGGCGGAAGAUGUUAUUAUCAUACUCGGGAAAACUUCAUUGAAUAUUACGAAGGAUACCGAAAAAAUUGUUCGGGUAAAUAACAUAAUUGUCCAUGAAAACUUUACUGCCAGCGAUGAUGACAUAGCUUCACUACAAAUAGAUGCUGCAGAUGAGACAGAAACGAUUUCUGUUUCUUGUUUAGGUGAUGAACUAGAUUACGAUAAAGCGAUGACUACAGGUUGGGCGGUUUCAGGCGAUCUGACUCCAAUAUAUUUCAACAAGAAGAAAAGUGAAAGUUGCCAAAUGUCCAGAAAAAUAUGUGGAGCCUAUGGAAAUGAUGUGGUUGUCUGUCCGAGCUAUGGCGGUAUAUUUGCCACUGAACGUAACAAGACAUGGCAUCUACUGGGCAUCAGGAGCACAAUUUCGUCCCGAGGGAACUUCUGUGUUCAUGAACCGGUGUAUUACACACGACUGUGCGACUAUGCGGAAUGGCUUGUUGAUCUUAUAUAGUAACUAUAUUAUAAUGUCGAAAGAAAAUAAAAACUAAUUCGGAGUAAGCGAA